CCGUUGUCAUACGUCGCCAUUAGCGCCUUGGCUUACGGUGUCGCGGCACAGACUGCCUCGUUCGCGAAUACUACCUGGGGUAGUGCCGUAGUCGGAACGGUUUGGCCAAUUCACUGGACAGUGGGUGAUGGCACACCUGUUUCUUUGUUCUUGGGGAAUGAUACGUGGCAAUGGAAUAUCUUCGCAAAUGAGCCCGCAGCUCUUCUCACAUAUGAAUGGACUGUCAGUCUUCCUCCAGGUGCCGUGCCUGGGGAGUACCAUAUUGGUUUGGUUCAACGCAAUCAAUUGACAGCAUCUCCCUUAUUUGCCAUUACACUGCCUCCAGUAGAAUCUUCCACCACAAGCUGGACUAGCUGGCCCACAAUCAGCCCAUCAGCCAAUGCAACUCUGAUCUCUGCGUCCCUUGACCCAACCGUGACGGUUACUUACUGGGAUCAUGCUUGUGGGUGCUCCAAGACCUCAGCCAUGGCAUCACCCACGGCCCCUGCAACCAAUCUUCCUGGUACUCAAUACAGCUGGUGGGAUGAACACUGCGGAUGCACCAAGAGUGCAGUGGUACCAGUUCCAACAGCUGCUCCAGGUUCGAAUUGGACCACACCGGCACCGACUGCCAACGUACCACCGGCACCACCACCG